AUGAGUGUGAUUUCGGAGGGUGCGCAGAAAGGACCAGAGGUCCUGGGCUCAAAUCCCAGCUCUGCGGCUUCCUCUCUAUGUGAACGGCGGAAGGUUACUCUCUGGCCUUCAGUUUUCCCCUGCCGGUUCCACGCGUCAGGGCGUGGGUCUGCGCCAGCACCUUUCUUCCACCUCAAAAGUAAGGACUUUUUUUUUGAUAUCAUGGCUGCGGCAGGUUGGGAACGUGAGGGGCCCUCGGCCUACGUGUUAGAGAUGCAGAAGCAGUUUCAGGGCCAUGGCAGGACGGAAGAAUACCAAGCACACACGGCCAGGGUAUUCUCGGUGGCCUGGAGCUGUGAUGGGGCUCGCCUGGCAUCGGGCUCCUGUGAUAAGACGGCCAGCGUCUUCCUCCUGAAGGACAGCUGCCUAGUGAGGGAACACAAUUACCAAGGCCAUAGGAAAAGCAUUGACCAUCUGUGUUGGCACCCUAGCAACCCCGACCUCUUCGUCACGGCCUCUGGGGACAGGAGCAUUCGCAUUUGGGAUGUGCGCAAAACCAAGUGUGUGAGCGCCAUCCAAACCAAAGGUGAGAAUCUGAACAUUUGCUGGAGUCCUGAUGGCAGCACCAUCGCGGUGGGCGACAGAAAGGACGUAGUUACCUUCUUCGAUGCCCGCACCUACCAGGCCAAAGCGGAGGAAUGCUUUAAGCUUAUGGUCAAUGAGAUAUCCUGGAAUAAUGAUAAUACUCAGUUCUUCCUUACCAAUGGCAAGGGCUACAUCACUGUCCUCAGUUACCCGGACCUGAAGCCUGUGCAUUCCUUUAAUGCCCAUCCUUCUGACUGCAUCUGCAUCAAGUUUGAUCCAACCGGCAAGUAUUUCGCCAUAGGAAGUGCCGAUUCCCUGGUGAGCCUUUGGGAUCUUGAUGAGUUGGUGUGUGUGAGGUGCCUCUCGAGGCUGGAUUGGCCUGUGACAACCCUCAGUUUCAGCCAUGAUGGGAAAAUGCUUGCCUCUGCUUCUGAGGGCCAUUUCAUCGAUAUUGCUGAAGUGGAGACGGGAGACAGGAUUUGGAAGAUACAGGGUCAGUCUACAACUUUAACUGUGGCCUGGCAUCCCAAAUUUCCAUUGCUAGCUUUUGCCUGUGACGACAAAGAAGGUCAACCAGAAGCUCGCCAGGAAGUGGGAACUGUGAAACUGUUUGGCCUUCCUAAUGACUCAUAA